AUGCCCCCGCCGGUGCCUGACAUUUCCGAUGACGAGUCGUCGAGUGGCGAGUCGAUUCCCUAUAACGAUGCUCGGUCUACAAAGAAUGCUUCUAAGGAUGACGAUGAGGACGAGGACGAGGAUGAGGAAGAAGAGGAUGUAUACGCUGUUGAAAAGAUUAUGGAUCAUGAAUGGGCCAAGAAGGGUGACCUCCUUCUACAAGUCAAGUGGCAGGGCUACGAUGACCCCGCUGACAUGACAUGGGAGCCAGAAGAAAAUCUAUUAGAAGGCGCGAAGGAUAUAGUCGAGGAGUACUUUCGAGUCCUGGGGGGCCGUCCUGAAAAGCCACAACCGCAGACAAAGAAGCGCAAGUCGAUGGGAAGACCUCCGAAGUCCGCCCCUGAGAAAACCCCCGAGCCCAAGAGACGCCGCAAGUCACGGGCUGAAACAACAACAGAGUCACCAGAAAAAGAGCAGGCCGAUGAAGGUGAAAGCGACGACACAUCCACGUGGGUUCCUUCGUCGCGCAAUUGGGAGAAAGAGGUCGACACAGUGGAAACAAUUAUACGGCAACCGGGAACGUCAAAUUUGCUUGCGUUUAUUAGCUGGAAGAAUGGUAGAAAAUCAAAGGUCAACAUAGAGAUGUGCUACGACAAGUGCCCGAAGAAGAUGCUUCAAUUCUAUGAAUCACAUCUGGUCUUUAAGGAGGGCUGA